CAAAACCGUUCGUCAAUGCACUUCAAUUGACAAAACCCCCCGAUUUAGGGUUUAUGGGUUGUUUGUUUGUGCUCUCUCUCGCUUCAUGUUUAAUAGUAUCUUCUUCUCUCAUUGACAAGCCACACAUACACGUCAAUUCGAGCUUGUGAAUUUGAAUCACACACACACACACAACAGAGUGUUCUUCAAUGGAGAUUAGUUUGGGUAAGCUUCCAUUCGACCUCGAUUUUCAUCCUUCUAACCCUCUCGUCGCCGCCGGCCUCAUCACCGGCGAUCUUCUUCUAUAUCGCUACGCCGCCGAUUCACCGCCUCAAAGGCUUUUGGAAGUUCAUGCCCAUAGUGAAUCUUGUAGGGCCCUUCGAUUCAUCAACGAGGGUCGUGCAAUUGUCACGGGGUCUCCGGAUUGCUCCAUUCUUUCGACGGACGUUGAAACAGGAUCUGCAAUUGCUCGUCUUGAAAGCUCUCAUGGGGCUGCUGUCAAUCGAAUAAUCAGCUUGUCAGAGUCAACCAUUGCAUCUGGAGAUGAUGAAGGGUGUAUUAAGGUUUGGGAUACCAGGCAGCGUACUUGCUGCAACUCUUUUGAUGUUCAUGAAGAAUACAUUUCAGAUAUGACUUUGGCAUCUGAUUCCAUAAGACUAUUGGGAACAAGUGGAGAUGGGACUCUCUCUGUUUGCAAUCUUCGGAGCAACAAGGUUCAAACUCGCUCUGAAUUUUCUGAAGACGAGCUGCUUUCUGUGUUAAUCAUGAAGAAUGGUCGAAAAGUUAUAUGUGGGACGCAAACUGGAACUCUUCUAUUAUAUUCAUGGGGUUUUUUCAAGGACUGCAGUGACCGCUUUGUCGAUCUAUCCCCAAACUCUAUUGAUGCUUUGUUAAAGCUUGAUGAAGAUAGAGUUAUUACUGGAUCUGAGAAUGGGCUCAUUAGCCUGGUAGGCAUAUUACCCAACAGAAUAAUACAGCCAAUUGCGGAGCAUUCAGAAUAUCCUAUCGAGCGUCUUGCAUUUUCUCAUGAUAAAAAGUUUCUGGGCAGUAUAUCACAUGAUCACACAUUGAAGCUAUGGGAUAUGGAUGAUUUACUGCAAGGUUCUGGAAAUCCUGUGAAGAGUCGUUCGGCUGUUGCAGACAGUGAUAGUGAUGAGGCGGAUGAAAUGGAUAUGGAUGAUACUCUUCCAAAAUCUUCCCAAGGGACCAAGAGGAACAAUUCAAAUAAAGAUCAAGGACUCAGCAGUUCUAACAACUUUUUUGCAGAUUUGGAUUAAAUCAUUAGCAUUGCUCUUUUACAAUUUUGGUAAUCUGAUGAUGAUUGGCCCUGACGAGAUAUAGAUAUGCAUGGCAAUGUUUAUCGUUUUAGCUGACGAGACCGGAUGAAAGAGGCAUUAGCUUUCACUAUGAAUGGAUGGUGUUGCUUGAGCAACUUCAAGUACUGUUUGGCUGGUGGUCUUCUCAUUCUUCGACUAUAAUAUAUGUUUUUCUUGGAAAAACUUUAGAUUCUUUUCAUUUUUGAAUGGCUGUCACUUGCAGUGCAUCUUCAUAAUUUGAAAUGUAGUAUAGAUUUAAACGUGUAUUUGUGCUAGAAAUGAAACAAGUGAAAUUGAUUUAGACCGCCUUGUGCCAUUUUUGAAGCAAAGAUAUAUGAAAAUAUGGAGAAACUAAUUCUGGA